UGCGCUAUCACAGUGUCCUCGUGAAGGCCUGGGGUCAGUGUCGGGCGCCGCCGGCGGCAGUGUGCGCCGCGACGUCUCCGAAUACGCACGUAGCGUUCGAUCCGGUGCGACACACACACCUCACGACCACAACACAAACAUAGAUCUCGCCAUGUCGACGGCGCUGAACGGGCGCGUCAACGGGCACGCCAAGCUGAACGGGGACCACCGCGGGACCAACGGCUACGCUGAAGAUGCCGAGUGGGCUGGCCAGUUCCUGCCGCCGCCGCUGAGGCUGGGCGAUGAUGGUGCUCGUGCUUUGAAGGUGGAGGCAUGCCUGGCAGAGCUAAACCUGUGCGGCGCCACCCUGCGUCGCGUGGCCAACGUGUUCGAACGUGAGCUCACGAGGGGACUGAGGCAGCAGCCAUCGUCGUUGCAGAUGGAGAACACAUAUGUUCCUGAGCUGCCGGAUGGCACAGAGGAAGGCGUGUUCCUCGCUCUGGACCUGGGCGGCACCAACUUCAGGGUGCUGCUGGUGGAGCUGCGAGGCGGCCAGAUGCUGCGCGAGGACGUCAAGCAGUACCACAUCAGCGACGAGCUGCGACUGGGGCCUGGUGAAGACCUCUUCAACUUCCUCGCUGACUGCGUUCAGGACUUUGUGCGCUCCGAGGGUAUGGAAGACCAGGAGAUGUCACUAGGUUUCACAUUCUCAUUCCCAAUGAAACAACACUCCAUUUCCUCCGGCGAGCUGAUCACGUGGACCAAGAGCUUCAAGUGCGGCGGCAUGGGCGGCGUGGACGUGGCCGCGCUGCUGCAGCGCUGCCUCCACGACCGGAGACUCAAGGUCACCGUGCGGGUGCUGCUCAACGACACCACCGGCACGCUGGUGGCUGGCGCGCAUCAGGAUCGGCGAGUGGGGAUCGGCGUGAUAUUGGGCACGGGCUCCAACGGCUGCUACAUGGAGUCGGCGUCGGCGGUGACGCACUGGGAGGCGGCGCGGCGCGGGCGCGGCUCCGCCGUCUGCGUCGACAUCGAGUGGGGCGCGUUUGGGGACAACGGCUGUCUGGACUUCAUGAGAACGGACUUGGAUAGAGAAGUGGACGCGCGCUCGCUGCUUGUAGGCUCUUUCACAUUCGAGAAGUACAUUGGUGGCAAAUACCUCGGAGACUUGGUGCGGGCGGCGCUCGCUCGCCUGGCCGGCGCGGGCCUGCUGCCCGCCGCGCCGCCGCCGGGCACUAUCUCCUCGGAACACGUCAGCUUCUUUGAAGAGGACAACGAGAACGGCUCAACAACGCGAACGCUGGCGGCGUUGCGCUCGGCGUGCCCCGAGACGGCGGCGGCGUGGUCGGACGCCGACGCGCUCGUCGCACAACACGCCGCUAGGAUGUGCUCUAAUCGCGCCGCGCAGCUCGUCUCAGUCUGCGUCGCCGUGUUGGUGCAGCGCAUGGCGCGGCCGCACGUCGUGGUGGCCGUGGACGGCUCCGUGUUCAAGCGACACCCGAGGAUCCGAGGCCUCAUGGAGAAGUACAUCGCCUUGCUACAACCUUACGAGUUCUCUCUGAUGGGCGCCGAGGACGGCAGCGGUAAGGGCUCCGCGCUGACCGCCGCCAUCGCCGCGCGCAUCGCCGCGCAGGACAACUAGGCAGAACAUUACAAUAUCCACAAACCAAACUAACUACCAGGGUCGUAUACUAUCUCUUUCACGCUUACGUGGCCAUGGCACGAGUGAGAUAGUGAUGGGACCUCGGUUUUGUUUUGGUUCGGAGCGGCGCGCGGCAGCUAUCCCGGUGCGCCGGCCGCCAUCUUGGAUAGGAGCCAAGCGCGAUGCGAGACUGAAACUUAGGCCUCUAUGUCUUUGCAGAAAAAUGUAGAAAAUAAAUGUACUAUGGUAGCCCCACUAUUCUGCCCUACCACUCAUGGUUAGGACCGUGAUUUGAACUUGGAACUAGUUGCGCUAAAAUACAGAAAACAGUUGAAUGAGUUUUCAAAUGUUACGGAUGUUAUUGUGGGGCAGCAUUCAUGUAGCAAUGCAGGGUUGAAGCAUUUCAUACUCGUUUCUAUCAAUAGCUUGUAAUUGUACUCCGGAAUACUUUAGUUUUAGUAACAAGAUGAUUGUGAUAUUGUGUGAUCGCUCGCGGGUCGAGUGUGCGUGUGUGGUGUGUGUGACACGUUUCAUACGUUUCCAUAGGGUACAGACCCGCGGUGGAACUUGACUUUUAGAUAUAGCGUGUGAGUGUGCUCAGAUACACAAAUAAAAAAAAAUCUUGAACCAAGACAUGUUAUGAUAUUAAGGAAACUCGAAAAAUGUCUUCGUCCAAGAAAUAAAAUGUCUUGUAUUAGGUAUAAUCUUGAGCCAAGAAGUACUUUCUUGUAAAAACAACAAAUUAUUAAAUAAAAAAGGUCAGUUUUCAUUCGAUAUGCUUAAUCUUGGCUCAAGUAAUAAAACUCUUGUCACAAGCUUUUUAAUCGUGCAUUUUGAGAAUUUAACAUUCUUGAACGAUUUGUGAGAUUGUAUUAUUCCAAGGUAUAUAAUAGCUUGGAUCGAGAUGUACCUAUCAGUUGAGACAUACCAGAUAUGUCUUGUUUCAGUAAUUUGUUUUUUUCUGUGUAUAUUUUGUAUAGUUGUUACAGCGUUGUGCCAUACUCAUUAGGAUUACUUUAGGUAACUGACACAUACAUUCUAAUAGCUCAAUUGCUGACAGCGACCAACAGAAAUAUCUACAUAAAGACACUAGGUAUAUGAGCACGAUCUUCGAGGAAUCAUUUGGCAGCACUAUUCGCCCCCACAACCUCCCUGAGCUUUGCAUAUAAAAUAUAAAUACCUACUGACCGAUAGGUACUUAUACAAAAUCAUACAAGAUGUUAUUUUGUGUAAAAUAUAACUGUUGGUGGCUGUAAAAGAGUAGGUAUAGUAAGCAUAAAACAAAACAACGUUGUAUUUCCACUUUAUACAAAAUACUAAAGUUAAAUCUUUGUUGCUGACUAUACUAUUUAAGCUCUUUUUUGUUUUUAUUUAAGCUUGGUGCUUUAGACAGCUGUCAUCUCAGGGGCGUAGCCAAGAUGACAGUCGUUCGCAGAGAAGCGAAACGAAACGUUAUGUGUCUCUAUCGCACUAAUAGGGAAGAGUGAUAGAGAGACAGAAAGCAUUACAUUGUCGUAACGCAAACAAUUGUCAUGUUGGUUAUGCCCCCUACAGAAGUUCUUAAGUAAAAUUGUAUUAUGAUGGCAACCGGCACCAAGCCAGUAACAUAGACAAGAAUAAUAAGACGCACAAAGUGGUGUUAAAAAUUGUAGGCCGUAAUACGUUUAGUGGCUCUUUAGUGGUUACAAAUACGUACCAUUAUUUCACUAACUUGACAAUUGACACCUGACACUGACAAUUUCCUGCACAUUUCUGGGCCGGUUAAAGUAACGACGGUGUAUAAUAUAUAGCAUCGGUGUUUACUUGUUAAACCAGCAAUGUUCGAUAAAUUGUCAGUGUUAGGCAGCAA